AGCUACAGAAAUUUCGUCUGUGAUUCUUUUCCGGCUGGCUUCAGGGUAGUUUAUCUCGAUCCACUAGCAUAUCACCGGCGACGGUCAAUCGAGCUAGUUCGCGACUUGGCGGUCCGUAUGAUUCUGAUGAAAAUUUCUAUAUCGAGCUUUCAGGAAUUUCCACAAUGAGUGCAGGUGGUUCAUUUGGAGGGAAUAGAGGAUUGAGACCGGUACCCCCAGAGAAAGGAGUCUUCCCUUUGGAUCAUAUGCACCUCUGCGACCAAGAGAAGAAAGAAUACCUCAAUUGUCUUAAAACCUCUGGUCACCAAUCUGAAAAAUGCAGGCACUUAUCGAAAAAAUACCUUGAAUGUCGUAUGGAAAAAAAUUUAAUGGCAAAACAAGACAUGACGGAACUGGGAUUUGGGACUUCGAGCCAGGCCAGUCUCUCUAGUGAUAAAUUGGAAUAAGUCUAAAAAUUGUUCGGCCACAGAACCGUUUACUCACUUGUUCAAGUUAUAUCAUCAACCAACCCUUCUAUAACACGCUUUGAAGGAAGGAAAUGUGAUUUUUCUUAAUGUAUUGUCCUUCAUAACAGUGCCUCUUUAACUCCUUGCGUACAUCUCAUAUGUUCUUAUCAAUUUUUCAAUAUUGAGAGUAACUUUUCAACA